AUGCGCCAGGACAUCGAUGUGAAGAGGGUAAAUGAAUGUCUGGGAUCCUUGGCCUCUUUUGACCCUUCCACAAGGAAGGGGCUGAUUUUUGGAACACUUGUUGCGAUUGGAAUUACUCUUUUUGCGGUGAUUGUAAUUACUAUUAUUCUGUGCCUCACCUGUUCGUGUUGCUGUUUGUAUAAAGCAUGUCGAAGACCACGGCCUGUUGUGACCACCACUACUUCCACUACAGUGGUUCACGCUCCCUAUCCCCAACAACAGGGAGUGCCACCCAACUACCCCGUAGCCCCGUAUCAGGGAUAUCAGCCUGUGGCUAUCCAGCCACAACCGGGAAUGCCGGUAGCACCGUACCCUGCACAGUAUCCUCCCCCUUACCCCAUGCAGCCAUCAGGACCCCCAGCUUAUCAUGAAACUGUGGCAGCUGGUGCUGGAGCACCUUACCCAAUCAGCCAGCCCCCUUACAACCCUGCUUAUGUGGAUCCUCAGAAGCCCACCUAUUGAAAAGAUCUUCUACUAUGCUUCUGCAUACAAUACUUUUUAAAGUAUAAUUUGUGCUGUUUACACCGUGCAACUGUAGUAUAUUUUUCUGGACGACAGCAAUCUUUUGUCUAAGUAAAGUGAAAGUUAAUUCAGUAUCUUUUUUUUAAAUGCUUUGAGUAAGAGGAAGGAGUAUUUUUCUUGCAGAAGUUGUUAAUUUAUACCUCAAGCAAAUACAAAAAGAGAUUUUGUUCUAUAUACAAUGAGAAAAGCAUGAAGGAGUACUUCAGAAAUAAGAACCACAGUAACAUUUGCUGUGCAAUAAUUUUGAAAGGAAUGGUCUAAUAUGAGCAUUAUCAAACACCCAAAGCUGUAGCAAUCUUUUGCACAGUAUUAAAACAUAAAAACUUAAUCUCUAAGAAACUACCUGAUAUAUGUUAUAUAUGUUCUGCCUG